AUGGCAUCCCAGGGGUUCUUACAAGUGAAAUGGCGCCUCCAUGGGCCCUCCCAGAUACGUGGUUCCUAUAUGGAAUAUCAUCGGGGCGGCGACGUCCCUAGGAGGCCCUCCCAAGGCCAGCGGCGCCCCCAGAGGUCCUCCAUAAAGGGUGUUGGCGCACCUAUGGGACCUACUAGGUGCGAUGGCGCCCCCAUGAGCGCUCCUAGGGGCGGUGGCGGCCCUAAGGGCCCUCCCAUAGGCGGAGGCGCCCUUGAGUGCCCGCCCAGGAGCAGCUGGGGCCCUGCCCUGGGCAGCUUGCCCCUACGGGACCUACCAAUGUGUGGCAGCGCCCUCACGAACCCUCCCAAGGGCGGUGGCGCCCUUAGUGGCCCUCCCAGGAACGGCAGAGUCCCCAAGGGCCCUACCAGAGGCGACCCUCCUGGGAGCUCUAUAGCUUGGAGACCUGCUAGGUGCUGGUGCGCCACCAAUGGACCUCACAGGUGUGGGGGCGCCCUCAGGGGCCCUCCCAGGGCAGUCGGCACCCCCAAGGACUUUCCCAGUUCCGGUGGCAUCCCUAGGUGCCUUCUAAGGGGCGUCAGCGCCCUCAAGGGCCCUCCCAGGAGUGGUGGUGCCUGCAGGAAAAUUCCCUGGGGUGGUGUCGAACAAAAACGCCCUCCCAAGGGCAUUGGUGCCCACAGAGGCCCUCUGCGGGGUAUCUGCUACCACAGCGGCCCUUUUAGGGAUGAUGGCAUCCCAGGGGUUCUUACAAGUGAAAUGGCGCCUCCAUGGGCCCUCCCAGAUACGUGGUUCCCUUUAUGGACAAUCAUCGGGGCGGCGACGUCCCUAGGAGGCCCUCCCAAGGCCGGCGGCGCCCCCAGAGGUCCUCCAUAA